ACAAUCCAAAGACGUCCACGUCAAUUUUAUUUACCUUUCAUCAUUACUAUUUACUGAGGAGUGAGAAAUGUUUACUUCUGCCAAGAAGAAUUCGGUAUUGAAAGAUCCUAUCGAUCUGAUGACACAGAAGAAGCUGUGACGACAGACAACCCAACCACUCCUUUUCCAACGCCACCUCCUACCCUUAUGUCUCCAAGAUCUCCCAUUCCUUUACAUAGACAAGCCUCACCGUUUCCGCUGGAGAACACCAAUGCGAGAAGGAUGCAUUUCCAGAGUACUCAAGACAGGAUGAGGGGUAGCAAUGGAGAAGCGAUCUACUCUCAAAGUACCAAGAAAAACGUGUCGAACAGUACUCUGGGUAGGUCAGGGAGAAAUAGACAUCGAAUGGGAGGAAUGACGUCAAGCAGUAGUGCCACGAGCUGCAACAGCUGUUCAGACAAUAUGAUGGUUCCCAAUGGCGAUAUCAGUUACCAUGAGCAAAGUCAACAGCAAAGGAUGUGCAGCAUCAACAAUGGAAAAACGAUUUCCAUUGGUGUUCUUCAGAGGCCUCUACCUCUGAAACAAAAUGGUAUUCCAAAAAUCGUUGAAUAAUCAACUGGUCUUAAAGCACCCUAAAGAAUCACAUUCUGAGAGUUUUAGAAACACCAUGUAUAUUAUACACCCUUCCACUCACCUGCCGAGUACAUAACAGCGUCGUAACCACAAUGGCCUUCUUCAAGUACAUUGUAUCAUAAUCACUGAAGCCAUGAUUUAAAGGAAUUGAAGGAGAAAGGCAAUGUCUUUGAAGCUAAUCGGCGAGAAACCAUCGUCGCAUUACCAGCAAGUGCCAAAACCUGCAGUUUGCCUCGGUUUUCGGCCAGCUUUUUUGCUAUUAGUCGGACCUUUAUACGUGUAGUCUCAUUUUGUAGGACUCAUGAAUGCCCAAAAAACUUAAUCAAAGAGUUUUUUCGUUCCUGCCAACACUUUUGAUUGAAUCCCA